CACGCUAGUGGCCGUAAAGAAAAUGGAGGGCUCAAGACAAGAUGAGAAGCAAUUCCGAGCGGAACUCAGUUCUCUUGGAAUCAUACAACAUGUGAAUUUGGUCAGGCUUUGAGGGUUUUGUGCACAAGGAUCGAGAAGGUUUCUGAUUUAUGAUUACAUGCCCAACGGCUCUCUGAAUUCUUUACUCUUCUCAAGUAAUUCGAAAAGCAAACGGACGGUACUUGAUUGGAAAACCCGAUUCGUUAUCGCAUUAGGCACUGCAAGAAGGCUACAUUAUCUCCACGAAAAAUGCAGAGAUUGCAUCAUUCACUGCGAUAUUAAGCCCGAGAACAUUCUUCUGGACAAUAAUUUUUCACCCAAGUUAGCAGAUUUCGGAUUGGCAAAGCUUGUGGGUAGAGAUUUCAGCCGCGUCCUGACCACAACAAGAGGAACGAGAGGGUAUUUGGCUCCAGAGUGGAUCUCCGGUCUUCCCAUCACUCCAAAGGUUGAUGUAUACAGUUUUGGUAUGACGCUCCUGGAAAUCAUUUCUGCUCGAAGAAAUCUGGAUUUCAAAGAGCAAGAUUCAAGUAAGUAUUACUUUCCCGCGUGGGCAGCAACUCAAAUUUACAACGGCAACACGAUUAAUAUCGUGGAGGAGGGUAUUGCAGAGGAGAGAGAUCUUGAGGAGGUGAGAAGAGCAAGCAUUGUAGGGUUGUCAUGCAUUGAACAAGAUGAGGAGGUGAGGCCAAACAUGGGACAAGUGGUGCUAAUGCUGGAAGGGAAGAUGCAUCCUCAAAUUCAGCAGAUUCGGAGCUCUGCAAACAUGGACAAGCAAGCAGACAGUAGCGAGAUUGACAGCGAUAGCGAUGGCGAGGUUAUCCGCUAGAAUUACCGAGUAGGAAGCAUGAUGUUUAGGCUUAAACAGCAGUUAACAUACAUGUAAAUUUAUCUUUAAUUAUUAACAAUUCAAACUAGAUGUUUGAUGGGCACGUUGAUCAUUA